AUGGUCCGAAACUGCAAUGAAUGCAUAAAUGCGAGACCUAAUCCUCCUAAGUCAGUACUAACUCCGUGGAAAUGGCCACAAAGACAAUGGACGAGAGUGCAUUGCGAUUUCUUAGGUCCGUACAAAAACAAAACAUUCUUAAUUAUUGUCGAUGCAACCACAAAGUGGCUAGAAGUUUUUCAAGUAAAUUCGAUGACAGCACAAACGGUCAUAACAAAACUGUCUGAGUUAAUUGCACGUUUUGGCAUUCCCAGAACAAUAACAACUGACAAUGCAAAAUGUUUUAAUGGCGAUGAAUUCCAGUCAUAUUGCAAGACACUAGGUAUCAGGCACUUGACAGGGGCACCUUUCCACCCAGCCUCAAAUGGAUUUGCCGAAUCUGGAAAAUACUGUACACUCAACCACAAAUGA